UGGUCAGAGCGUAAAUCCUGUGACAUCAUCAGAAGACGCCUGAAAGCGAAAUAGUGGUAUUAAGAAGGUACCCUGGUUCUGCAAACAUCUUGCUUUUUGAAAGAGAUAGUCGUACUUUGAGCUACUGUGAAGCGGGUUAGCAGUGGAAUGGCUAUGCAGUCACUUCCUCACAGCGAGCGACUCCUGGAGCAGUUGAGGAAGCAGCUGGAGGCCGGCUGCUUCUGUGACUGUACUGUCGCAAUAGGCCCUUCCCGGUUCCGAGCCCACCGAAACGUUUUGGCGGCGUUCAGUGAAUAUUUUAGCUCCCAGUGGCAGAGCUCAGCGGAAAAUUGCGUCACCACCUCACUGGAUCCUGAAUGUGUCAACGAGCAAGUGUUCCAGAAGUUGCUGGACUACGUAUACACCGGGUACCUGAAUGUUGACAGCGACAACGUAGAAGAUAUCUGCAAGGCUGCCAGUUUUCUUCAGAUGGAAGACGUCAUUACACUCUGCAUCCUGGUCCAGGAAGACAUCAAGCCCGUCUUUGUCGGGACAGGGGAGACGAGUGACACCCACGAUCAAGAACCUGCCCCACCCAGCUCGGACGCCUACGACUCUUUUGAACCUGAAGAGGAGGAGGAGGUGGGGGCUCCCGAGGACGUGAACCACGGGCAGGGGGAUCAGCAGCCCACAGCGCAGGAGGAAGAGGAGGCGCAGGAGCAUGGUGAGGUGGUGGAAGUGAUGGAGGCAGAAGUAUCGAGAACCAGGGUGUCGCAGAGGGCCAGGAAGCCUAAGGUCAUGCCGGAUGGCAGCAUCCUAAAGAACUGCACCGUUGUCCUCCAGCGAGAAACCAGGCAUCUCAUUGGGCAGCCCGACCUGGUGGGGCAGUCCAAACCUCCCGGCAGGUCCCCGGGCAGGCCCCCAGGGGCACGGGCCAGCAAGGCGCUUCGCGCUGACGCGGAAGAUCGCGAUUGGCAGGCGCCGUGGGCGGUGGGCGGCGAGGACGGCCCGGAAGAGGAGCAGCGCCCCCCCAAGAGGAAGAGGGGCCGGCCGAGGAAGGGCAGGCUCAAGGAGAACCGCUCGCACGCCCCGUCCUCCGACCCGGACGAGGACGACGAGCAGCUGGUGUUCGUGGAGGGCAAGCCCGUGUGCCGCGUCUGCGGGCGGGUGUUCUCCGAGUCGAGCAGCGUGCGGCGCCACAUGCGCAUUCACCGCGGUGUCAAGCCGUACCAGUGCCAGCUCUGCAACAAAGCCUUCCGCCAGGGGAACCAGCUGAAGACGCACAUGCGAACACACACAGGGGAGAAGCCCUUCCAGUGUGACAUAUGCGAUAAGAGUUUUGCCCAGAAGUGCCAGGUGGUCUUCCACCGCCGCAUGCACCACGGAGAGGAGAAGCCCUACAAGUGUGGUUCUUGCGGGCUGCAGUUCGCCACCUCCAGUAAUUUCAAAAUACAUGUCAGGAAACACAGUGGAGAAAAGCCAUACGGGUGUGACCGCUGUGGGAAGCACUUCGCCCAGGCCAGCACGCUGACCUACCACAUGCGCAGGCACACGGGUGAGAAGCCCUACGUCUGCGACACCUGCGGCAAGGCCUUCGCCGUCUCCAGCUCCCUGCUCGCCCACUCCAGGAAGCACACAGGAGAUACUUCCUGCUUCUGUAUAGUGUGCAACAAAACGUUCACGAACGCGGAAGAACUCGAAAAGCACUUCCCGUGUUCAAAAGGUAUGAAGAAAAUUGAGUGUGACCUCUGUGAAAAGUCCUACACGGGCGCAAAGUAUCUGAAGAAGCACAAAUUGAAAGUACACAACAUUCCCGAGCAAGACCAGGCGGCGCUCCCGUUCCCACUUAACAUCCCUAUCGACCACCAGUCCCUGCUGUCCCGCGUCCCCCCAGGACCCAGCACAGCGGAGCUGAUGACCAGAGCCAAAGCCGCCGCCGAUGCCGAAGCCGCCACUGCGGCUGCUGCCGCCACCGAAGCAGCCACCGCUGCUGCCGCCAUCAACCAAACGGUGACCGAGUUCAUCCUCUUCCAGACUCUCGACUGUUGGCUGAAAGUUAUGGGAAGCAUUAAAGAGCGAUACUCCGUCAUCUGCUCAGAGCUGCAGUUGCGCCCGAAUCCGUACAUUUUACAGGUCCUGGAGGAUACGGAGGGACAGACCGAAGAGAUUCUGAUAAAAGUGACGGGGAACAACCGGUUGCUGCCAGUGCAAAAGCUGACAGAUGAAGAUGCUCUAGCGUUGUCCAAAACCCUAUGCAACAACGUUUCAAUUAAAGCUCUCGAUUUACGGUACAACGAAAUCACCGACGAAGGCGCCAAGCACCUCGCAGACCUUCUCCAGGAGAAUGUAUCUCUUUUGUCUCUCAAUCUCAUGGGCAACAACAUAAAGGCCAGCGGUGCAAAGUUCCUUGGAAAAUGUUUACAAGUGAAUAAAACACUGAAGACCUUACGGAUAACGGGCAACAAGAUUGGGAAUGGAGGUGCCAUGCACCUGGCCUCUAUGCUGCAGACAAAUUCUUCUUUAGAGGAGCUGGAUAUCUCAGACUGUGAUCUGGAUACACAGAGCUUAAUCGCCUUCGCCAUCGUCCUGAGCAGCAACAGGAGCAUCCGCACCAUUCAUCUCAGCCGCCCCCUGCUCUUCAGUCAUCAGGAGGAGACAACGGGGCAUUUGGCUCGAAUGCUGAAGGUGAACCAGCACCUGCGGGAACUGCAGGUGGGAAAGCACAGCAUGACGGACUGGGGUGUGGAGAGACUGUGCCAGGCGCUGAGGGAAAAUGCCACCCUUCGAUAUCUGGACCUCCGCUGCAACAGCAUUGCGCGUGAUGGGGCCAGGCAUCUAGCAGAGCUUCUGAAGCUGAACACAACUCUGGAGAUCCUGGACCUGUCCUCAAACAGGAUAGAAGAUGAGGGGGCGGCCCACCUCAGCCAGGCCAUCGCUCUGCACAACAGCAGCCUGAGAGCGCUGUCUAUCCCGAGCAACAGCAUUGGAUCAGCGGGCCUGGUUUUGCUCGCUAAAGCCAUGGGCGUCAACUCCUCCCUGUCUCACAUUUACAUCUGGGGCAAUAAGCUGGAGGAGCCAGCCUGUGUGGCGUUCGCUGACCUCAUUAAAAGCGGGCGACUGCGCAAGGAGGACACAGACGUUUCUCCGUAUGAGGUCGACGGCCACGUGUUUCUGGCGGAGGUUUUUCACGGGUUGAGGAGGCACUACUACUGGACACCUAGCUUCGGGCGGGACGGUGACCCAGCCAGCAACUCAGCACUUGCCUUGGUUGUCUCUUAAAACAACCAAGUAUCGUACUUGUAAUUCACCUUUUUUGUAUGAUAAGCACUUUGGAGAAUUGCCCUAUAGGAAACUUUGAAUCUUACCUGUAUCAUUACCUGUAUUUGUUGUCAAUAAAAAAAAUAAUUGUUGUU